GACAAAUAAGAGGAAAAUGAAAGCACCGUAAUUGGGUAAAAUGGCGGAUUACCAAUUGUUGCUGAGACCAUCUCAAUCCCAUAAAGCGUAAAUUCUCUCUCUCUCUCUCUCUCUCUCUCUCUCUCUCGUGUUCACGCGCACACUUUUCUGGAGAAUCUAGAUACUGCUUUCUAUCGACCGCCCUUUGCCUCCAUGCUGUUUAGCUAGCUUAUCACCCUAUUGGGAUUUGCUACAAAUUUCGCCUUCUUCGUCUCUAAAUGGCCGAUGUUUCUAGAUUCUCGUCGAAUUCUUUCUAUUUCUCCUCCACUUCUUUGCCACCCUCUUUUGCCUCCUCCUACAAUUCUCUUCACCCUUGUCUUCAACCCAUUCAAAACCCAGAAAAGAGGUCGACUCCUUUGGCAUCUUAUUCUGCUACCUGUCUAAUGCCUCUUUCUUUCACACCCAGAAAGAGGUUGGUAUCUUUCAAGGUACAGGCUGCUGUGGCUGAAAAAGACCAGCCAAAAUGGUGGGAAAAGAAUGCACCAAACAUGAUUGAUAUACAUUCGACACAGGAAUUUUUGACUGCACUAAGCGAAGCUGGUGAUAGAUUAGUUAUUGUAGAAUUUUAUGGAACCUGGUGUGCUUCUUGCAGGGCAUUAUUUCCCCGGCUCUGCAGAACAGCUGAUGAACACCCUGAGAUUUUAUUCCUAAAAGUUAAUUUUGAUGAAAACAAGCCAAUGUGUAAAAGUUUGAAUGUCAAGGUCCUUCCUUAUUUCCACUUUUAUCGUGGAGCUGAUGGACAGUUGGAGUCCUUCUCAUGCUCGCUCGCAAAGUUUCAGAAAAUUAAAGAUGCAAUUGAAAUGCACAACACAGCUCGUUGCAGCAUUGGGCCGCCAAAGGGAGUAGGAGAUCUUAUACUGUAGCCCUCCUUGGCUCCCGGGACGAACACUUGCUGCAAAUCCACAUCGGUAUCAUUGUGCAUUCCCCUGGUAUUAAUAUAACCUUCUUGUUUAAAAGAAAAAAGAAAAAA